AUCACCUAAUCAUCAUGUCCUAUUGAGUACUUGACAGAUAAAUAAAUGAAAUGAACGAGAAUAUCACUGAAAGAUGAUGCAGGGAAAAAACAUGGUGAUUGCCAAAAAUGCAUAAUUGCACUUAUGAAGUUAAAGAAUUGGCUUUAAAUAACAAAAAUACUAAAGAGAAAUCAGUCGGGGAGAAAUUUGCGCGCUCUCAAUCACCUGAUAAUAAUAAUCAACAACAUUGUCAACUAAUUCAUCAACCUCAUUCAACUUUCAAUAAACUUACCGAUUCACAUCAUCAAUCUCAUCAUCAACCUCAUCACCAUCCUCACCAUCAUCCUCCUCAUCACCAUCAACCUCAUCACCAUCCUCAUCAACCUCAUCAGCAUAAAGUAUGGAGAGGAGGAAGACAACAUAAAUAUCAUGAAACAUGUAUAAAAAUUAUUUAUUUAACAUGUUCCACAAUUAUUACUACAUGUAUUAUCAUUGAAUGUAUAUUAAUUCAUCUAGUCAUAUUACCAUGUCGUCAUGAAUCAGGAUUUCUACCAACGAAUUGUACUUACAUUGAAUCACGAUUAAUUUCAUCGUCAAUUAAAUGUGAAAAUAAAUGUUCCAAAGAUCGAUCGAGUUUUCAAUGUAUACGCAUAUUGAUUACAUAUUCUCGAUUGAAAGAGAAUUUCACAGCCAGUUUAUUUGAUAAUAUAGCUACUUAUCAAUAUUAUCAUUCACUUGGUUGUGCUACCAGUUCAUGUCAUCGUCAAAAUUCAGCAAAUCAUGAAUGGGUACAACAUUUUUGUCAAUUAAUUAAAAACACCAUACAAUUUACAUGUUAUGUACAUGAAGAUCAUAUUAAUGAAGCAUUGUUGCAUAAAUUCUAUGGACCAUCAACAAUGUUCAAUACAUUGUUUUGGCCUUUAAUCUUAUUAUUCAUUUCAAGUUUAUGCUUAAUUAUUACAUGGUCAUUUGAUAAAUGUCAUGUAUGGCAUGAUGAAAAGACAAUCAUUGCAUAACUAACACAUAUGAAAAUAGUGAAUUUGCAUCAUGAUAAUUAUUGUUAAUUAUGAUUAAUUAUUCAAUCAAUC